ACAACAAAUGUAAACCAGAACCUGAUCAGCAGGUGUAGAGAAACUCAAACAAACACUCGAUUUCCUGAAAACGCCCAGGCACCACGUCGACGAUGUCCUCCGGAGGAAGUUCAGCUGCCAAUGCCGCGAAAAUCGAUCCCCUCAUCUUGCUCCGAAGAGCAAUCACCGGUCGAUCAGAUAUCCAUCUGAUGUCUCAAGACAACGUCAAAGUCUUCACCUUGUCCCUUGCCUUUUAUAUCUCGCUAACCGUGCAGACCGGAAGAAUUUCAAUACCCAAGACACUUACAACUCGUUAUCGAAAACCAGGCGCACCCCAGGAAGCAUCUCCCGCGACCGAUCGAGAUCAUUUUUACGACUCUCAAAGUAUCUUAUGCUGUUAUUUAAAUCGGGAGAAAGGUUUUGCUGCAUAUAUUCAAGAAGCCAAUCAGCAAGGAUGUUCAUUUGUUUCUGCGACUGAGCGAAAAGCUAUAACUGACUUCCUGGAGGGCAAAAGUGGGAGUAGCGAGCCUAGUUCAAUCGUAGCACUCGAAUCCUCCCUACCGACCUAUCAGGAAUACCUUACAAACGAAAUCGGAUUGAACGGAGGCGACGUUAAUGCCACUAGCAAGGAGAAUUCAAAUGCAAAUCUUGAGAAAGGUGGAUCGACGACGGGUAGCCAAGGUCAGAUAACUGAGCGACCAGGAGCAGAGCUUGAUGAAUCACGGAUGAAGCGUACGAGAUACGUGGUGGACAAAGUAGAUCAAGAACUCGUCAAGCGGAUCAUGUCGUUACACGAACAUCGCCAAGUCUCAGAUCGGAGGACGGUCCUGAGAGGCUCAAAAGCAGUCAAUUUUGACAGCGCUCGAUUACUGGUCCUCGAUCGCAUCAAAGCUCGACGAGAGGAACUCAAGACACGUCUCAACGGAACAGGAGGUUCUGGGAACCUAACCAAGCCAGUCGGCCCUCCUGGUAGCGCAAUCAGUCAAGCCAAGCGACGUUCCAUGAAUCCGAUCAUCAUUAUCUCUCCCUCCUCCUCUGCCCUGAUCACUAUGCACAACGUUAAACGGUUCUUGGAAGACGCGGUCUUUGAGCCACCCAACGUGGCCCGAGGUGGUGGAGCACAGAUUACGACGACAGAGGAUGUGAUUGUAGUCAGUCAUAGACGAGGCUACACCACCUCACAAGCUCCACCUCACCCAUCAGACUCCGGCGCGUUCGGCAAAUCCAGCGGUCCAGCCGAUCGCGCGGCGCGCUAUUUUGUGGUCGAUGGCGUCGAGGCCCUCACCAAGUUUGGCGAGGACGCUUGGGACCGAGUGGUUUGUGUGAUGACUACCGGUCAGGAGUGGCAAUUUCGGCCCUACAAAUGGAGCGACCCGAAGGAAUUGUUUCAUCAUGUGAAAGGGUUCUUUAUUCAAUGGACACAUGAUCCUCCAAACCCCAAAGUACGGGCGUGGAACGUGACAGAGCUUAGAAUCGAUGAAACUAAACGCCACAUAGACAAAUCAGCAGCAGCCGAUUUUUGGAGGAGUUUAGAGGCAUGGAUCGCUUUGCAUAAACCAUUUGUUGCAUACUUAAGACUAUAAUAUCCACUAGUCUAAGUUAGUUCACUUGUCUGGAAAGAACAAAAAAAGUUUAAUAUCUUCAACAUCGUUCUGAGGGAUGGAUGAAAUUUGGGCCUUGUCUUGUAUCCAUUGAAGUUACAACUAAAACAAAAGAAAUGUAAUCUAAUACAACUUGAUACAGC